GGACACGCCGCCACACGCGACGAGCUCUUCAGUAAGGAGGCUGAAUUUUUGAAGAGUCAUCUCCAAAAUCACGUAUCACUUAACUUCUAAUACGCAAAAGAUGCUUAGCCGUCAAAAUGCCUCACAUCGAUGACGGUUUCGAGGCUCUACUGGAGCCUUUUUACAACGGCAAAAAAUUAACAGACCCGAUUUCCACAGUUGACGAUAAAAAUCAACUACUCCCAGCUUUUUUGAAAGUCAAAGGUUUGGUCAAACAACAUAUCGACUCAUACAAUUUCUUCGUGGACCAUGAGAUUAAGGAAAUUGUCAAGGCCAACCGAACACUGAGAAGCGAUGUUGACAGCAGCUUCUGGAUAGAGUUCAUAGAUAUCCGGGUCGCUCCCCCGGAUCGUUCCGACUUCAGUGAAUAUAGGGUCGAAAAUGAUAUCACCCCUAUGGAAUGUCGGCUACGAGAUAUCACUUAUUCUGCCAAGAUACUUGUUGAUAUCGCAUACACGCGAGAAAAACAGAAAAUUAUCCGUCGCAAUGUCGAGCUUGCCCGUAUGCCAGUUAUGUUGCGAAGCAACAAAUGUCGGCUGUACGGUGCAAAUAAUGCCCAGAUGGAGCUUAUGAAUGAGUGUCCUCUUGACCCAGGUGGAUAUUUUAUCAUCAACGGUACGGAAAAAGUUAUUCUUGUCCAGGAACAGUUGAGCAAGAACCGUGUCAUUGUUGAGGCGGAUGAGAAGAACAGUAUCAUCACGGCGUCAGUGACUAGUUCUACUCACGAGAGAAAAUCUAAAACCUAUGUCACCUUAAAGAAGGACCGCAUCGUCCUGCAGCAUAACGUUCUCGUUGAGGCUAUACCCAUAGUCAUCAUCCUCAAAGCUCUUGGUGGUCUUACGGAUUACGAGAUCAUGGAGCUGGUCACCGGGUCCGAUGGAAGGUUUCAAGAUGAUUUUGCUGUUAACUUCGAGGAAGCAACAAGGGUUGGCGUCUUCACGCAGCAACAGGCUUUAGAUUAUAUCGGAGCAAGAGUAAAGAUGGGUGGCCGAGCAAAACAGCCUGGAGCACCUCCACAAGCCCGGCGAAGCACCAUCGAAGAAGGUCUCGACGCCUUGGCCAACCUCAUCAUUGCUCACAUCCCUGUUGAGGGUCUUGAUUUCUACCCAAAAGCUAUCUAUAUUGCUCUCAUGGUCCGCCGAGUGCUUAUGGCUCAUUAUAACCCGAAGCUUGUCGACGAUCGAGAUUUCGUGGGCAAUAAGCGACUAGAGUUAGCAGGACAGCUUCUGUCUCUGCUGUUCGAAGACUUGUUCAAGAAUUUCAUGACUCAACUCAAGUUUAACGUCGAGCACUCGCUUAGAAAGCAGAAUCGAGCUAUUGCAGUUGAUCCUUUAGUUCAGGUUGGUGCUCAAGGGAAACACAUUACCGAGGGCAUGAACCGUGCAAUUCAGACUGGCAAUUGGAGCGUGAAGCGAUUCAAAAUGGACCGUGCCGGUGUCACGCACGUUUUAAGUCGUCUCAGUUAUAUCAGCGCCCUCGGAAUGAUGACCCGUAUAAGCAGUCAAUUCGAAAAGACGAGGAAAGUCAGUGGUCCUCGUGCUCUACAACCAUCGCAAUGGGGUAUGCUUUGCCCGUCUGAUACACCCGAAGGUGAGGCCUGUGGUUUAAUUAAAAACUUGGCUCUCAUGACACAUAUCACCACCAAUGUGGACGAAGAUCCGGUUAAAAAAAUGGUAUUCACGCUAGACUCUGGGGUUGAACCACUCCGGUGCUUCUCCGGCGCUCAGAUGCAUAGGAAGGGCACUUACAUCGUUUAUAUUAACGGUACCCCCUUUGCUCUCUCCCGAUACCCAAAGCGUUUCGCAGCUAAAUUCCGCACCAUGAGACGACGAGGAUGGAUAUCUCCAUUCGUCGGCAUUAACGUCAACACCCAUCUCUCAGCUGUGCAUAUCGCAACUGACGAAGGACGUAUCUGUCGACCGUACAUCAUAGUGAAGAACGGCGAGGCAAGAAUAAAGGAUAGCCACCUAAGAUUAUUACAAGCUGGAAAGGUUACGUUUGACGACUUCUUAAAGCAAGGAAUCGUCGAGUACCUCGAUGUUAAUGAAGAGAACGACGCAUUGGUAGCGCUCUACGAAAAGGAUAUCACCAAAGCGACAACACAUCUGGAAAUCGAGCCAUUUACGAUACUUGGCGCUGUCGCCGGCUUAAUUCCAUUCCCACAUCACAACCAGUCCCCUAGAAAUACGUAUCAAUGCGCUAUGGGUAAACAAGCUAUUGGAGCUAUUGCUUACAACCAAUUCAACCGUAUUGAUACCCUCCUAUACACUAUGGUCUACCCCCAGAGGCCAAUGGUAAUCAGCAAGACCAUUGAGCUUAUCCAUUAUGACAAGCUGCCCGCUGGUCAAAACGCGACAGUCGUAGUCAUGUCGUAUUCGGGUUACGAUAUUGAAGAUGCCCUUGUUCUGAACAAGGCAUCUUGCGAUCGUGGAUUUGGACGAGUUCAAGUGUUCCGCAAGUAUACGGCAGACCUUCAAAAAUAUGCUAAUGGGAGUCGAGAAAGGAUCGGCGACAAGGAUGACACGCAGUCCAAGUAUAACGCGCUCUCCAAUGAUGGGUUGGCCGAUGUGGGUUACCCAGUCAGGAAUGGCGAUGUUCUCAUCAAAAAGGAGAGCCCAGUGGACAUAGCCCCGGUAGUAGGUGUCAAUUCGAGGACACAAGAGUACCGCGAAACGCCAUUGUCGUAUCGACUCUCGGACCCGGCUUAUAUUGACAAAGUCAUGGUCACACAGACUGAAAGGGAAACACAACUGAUCAAGGUUCAGACUAGGCAAACCAGAAGACCCGAACUAGGUGACAAGUUUUCGUCCAGACACGGACAGAAAGGUGUGGUUGGAAUUAUCGUCGACCAGGAAGAUCUACCGUUCUCGGACAAAGGUCUUGUACCUGAUAUUAUCAUGAACCCUCACGGUUUCCCGUCUCGUAUGACUGUUGGCAAGCUGCUCGAAUGUCUAACAGGCAAAGCCUCGGUGGUCAAGGGUCGCAAGGACUACGGCUACGGUGAUGCCUUUAGGUCACAUCCUCUUGAAGCCAUGAGUAGAGAAUUAGUUGACGCUGGAUUUUCCUGGGAAGGAAAGGAUUACUUCACCUCAGGAAUAACAGGCGAGCCGCUUCAGGCGUAUAUCUUUAACGGACCCAUCUUCUACCAACGACUGAAGCACAUGGUCCAAGAUAAGAUGCACUCUCGCUCGCGUGGACCUCGGGCUAUCCUAACCCGUCAGCCCACAGAAGGUCGAUCCCGAGACGGUGGUCUACGUCUCGGCGAAAUGGAACGAGAUUGUCUAAUCGCGUACGGUGCGUCGCAGCUGCUUCUUGAACGUCUGAUGAUCAGCUCCGAUGCAACUGAGAUCGAUAUCUGCGAGCGGUGCGGGCUCUUCGGGUACAAGGGCUACUGUAGCACAUGCCACAGCAGCCGCGAGGUCGCGCGUAUGACUAUGCCGUAUGCCGCGAAGUUGCUCAUCCAGGAGCUUAUCAGCAUGAACGUCGGCGUGCGAUUGCAGCUGGAAGACGAGUUCCCUCACCCGAGGUAGCGGAAUACCUAGGAGGCACAGGUAUUUUGUACUAUGGAAAAUUACAAUUGCAAGAUGUUACUGAUGAUGCAUUGGGCGGCGCACUUUUUUUUUUCUUUUUUUGCUGGCAUAAGAGGUACCUAAAGCACUGACUUGGAAUCAUGUAUGUAUUACUGAAAGCUUGUACGAUGAAAAUAAUCGAGAUCAAAAAUUUGCGUGUAAUUACCGAAGUA